CGGUUCUCCCCGCCCACUAGCAGCGCUGUCAAUCAAAGCAGGCGCCCCGCCUCUCCCAGUGGAGCCGCGGCAGCACGGGAGAGGAGAAGGGGAAUUCUGCCCGGCAACUAAGGACGUCAUCGAGAGCCGGCUUGUUAUUGGGUGCAUAAGCCUUUGUUGAGCUUUGCUGCUUUAUUGACUAGAAGAGCACUAACCAGAAAUGUUCUUCCUCCCUUGUGAAGUAAUUAUCCCACAUUAGGAGAUCCUACAGUCCGAAAAGUUUUGAAGAUUGAUGUAUUGUGCAGACAGGAUGGCUGAAAUCUUUGUUUUGUCUUUUAUCACUUCUACUGUAUUACAACAGAAGACAAUUAUGGAACACUUACUGUUCAGGGCGAAAAAGAUUUAAGAUGGCAAUUAAGAAAUUUAAGAUUCAUCAUCUUCUGACCACAUUGGUGGAAGGUGGAGGGGGUUUGACACUGCACAGAAGAUGAUCAUGUCUUACAGGAACUGGCUGCAAUUUUCAGCUCUUUGAAACUGCUUCAUCAGCCACAAGUUCAAACCGUGGGACAGGAGCCGCUAAAGGAAUGUGCAAUCGUGGUGUGGAAGCUCAGACACUGCAAGGGAGUGCUGCACGGCGCGCUGCCUGCAAGACCUUGUGAGGAGCUGUCUCCGGGGAGGAAAAAAACAAACAACCCAGAGCCCUUGAAAUCGGAGCCGAGUUUACCUGCUCCACCUCCCUCGUCCUUUCACCGCACCCGCUUUUGUCCCACCCAGGCAGCCUAAUAACUAUGAUGUGGAUUGGAAAUACCGUACAGUGACCUCCAAAACGUGUGAUGGACUUUUUUCCCCCCUUCCUCAUGCAUUCUUAUUCCCGCCGCGUUAAAUUUUCCCAUUACAUAAAAUUAAGGAGGCUCAGUCUUCCGUGAUCUGCCUGAGAUCUGUCAUUAGUUGCUGUUAAUUGCAUCUGCUCCGGGACUUGGGGACUUCAUAGAACAAUGGAAGCUAAUGAGUAAAACAGCUGGUGGAUCCAGCAAAGCAAUUUGUCGCUCCUUCUGACUCUCCGGCUUCUGCGCUGAGCCGGGCUCAGCGGGUCUUGCUCUUCUGUCUGUCCGGGAAGGUCAUCGCACAGAGCGGGACAGACGGAGGCGGCUCCCCGGGAUGGUGCGGUCAGCCAGGUUGCCUAAAUGAAAGGCUACAGGAUGAAAAUCUCUGCCCUUGCUACCUGUUCUAAACUUCUUAAGAGAAUGAACAGACAUUCAAGUGUUAGCUUGUCCAGCAGCACUCACCUGGGAUCCCCUCAGUCCCCUCACUGUCUGUUUUUGAUACAGUGAAGAUUGGAGUGGAGAGAAUAGAGUGGUAUGGGGUGUUCUUCUUCUGGCAAUAUCAGCACCAAGGAAGCAGCAGUACUAAAAGACCCUUGUGGCCAACAGCCUGAUUUAGUUUUAGAGCAGCCAGACAGAAUCUAAUAUGGAGAAAAAAAGGAAAAGUGUGCAUCUUAAAUUGACUGAGUAUUUGCAAUUGCUGGCAAAUCCACUGGAUGCAUCUUCUGACAAAAUGGACAGGAUGAGCUGGAGAUAGAUCCCUGCGGAAGGAGGAGAAGGAGGCAAAAAUGUAUUGAACAUGAAAAUGGAAGAGAGUCAACGACUGAAAUGGAGAGGAACUGCCCAAGAAGUAGAGGAAUAGAUCUUAGUCAUCUGGAUUUAAGAAGAACAAUGUCUCUUCCCCGACAGCUGCGAGAAAAGAGUGAUUUUGACCAGCUUCCAGAUGAUGUACCUGUUUCAGCUAAUAUUGCAGAUAUUGAAGAGAAGAAAGGCUUUACUAAUUACUAUAUGUUUGUCAUUGAAGUAAAGCUUAAAGGUGGUGGCAGAUACCUGAUUUUCCGGCGCUAUCGUGAGUUCUAUGCCCUGCACACCAAACUAGAGGAGAGAUAUGGGCCAGAGAGCAAUAACAGCCCAUUUACCUGCACACUCCCUGUACUGCCAGGAAAAGUUUUUGUUGGUGCCAAAAAGGAAAUUGCUGAGAACAGGAUUCCUAUCCUAAAUGUCUACAUGAAGAACCUGCUCUGCCUCCCUGCUUGGGUGUUGAUGGAUGAGGACGUUCGGCUGUUCUUCUACCACUCAACCUUUGAUGGUGAGCAGGUGCCUCACAGACUGAGACGGCUUCGCCCACGGACACGCCGAGUUAAGAGCAUUUCAGAUCAAGUGCCUGUUUUUGACCGCACCGCAGCUCCCCGGGCUGAGGCACUGUUUGAUUUUUCUGGAACAAAUAAACUGGAACUCAAGUUCAAGAAGGGAGAUUUGAUCUAUCUACUCAGCAAAGUAAACAAAGACUGGUUGGAGGGAACUGCUGAUGGUGCCACUGGAAUUUUCCCAUGUGCUUUUGUGAAGAUCAUAAAAGAUUUACCACAGCAGGAAGACACAGUUAAUAAAGUUCGCUGUUAUUACUAUGAUGAGACUGUGAGCACCAUCAGGGACAUCUCAGUGGAAGAGGAUCUGAGCAGCAUUCCAUCAUUCAAAGAUCUAAUGGAAUUGAUGAGGCAGGAGUUUAACCAAGAAGACAUUGUUUUGAAUUACCGGGACGCUGAUGGUGAUCUGAUCCGCUUGCUCUCCGAUCAGGAUGUUGAACUCAUGGUGUCUCACAGCAGAAAAAAUCCCUCUGAGAAGCACUUUUUCCCUUGGAAGUUGCACAUCACUCACAAAGAUGACUUGGGUGUCUACAACACUAGUCCAGGAACAGGUGCUCCUCAAACAGUAGGAGCAAUGUAAGUGCUAUAUAGGUAUCCCUCUCUGCAGGCAGUUUCCUUCAACAUGUCUUUGAAGUGUCCUUGAAAUGAGUAAUUUUUAGUGAUAUAUUACCUUUCAGUGUAAAAUCUGUACUUAGUUAACUUCUUCAGCUUUUUAGCACACAUCUGCAAUACAGACAUGCACAAAGAGACCAGAGAAGGUGAGGAAUAGAGAAAUAAAAUAAUGAGCCAUGUUUACAAAGCAAGUCAGUGUCAGCCUGCAACAGAGGUCUCCUGAGCCCCUAGACCUGCUCUAGUUUCUGUUCUCACUCCCGAGGCUAGUUAUUUGUCCAGAAUGUCUUCAUAAGCUUUUGUUUUUUCUCUAGACUCUCAUAAAUUUCUCUUCAUUUGCUGAUUUGAAGGUUUGUGGGCCAUUGUGUAAUUAUUUCUCUCAUGUUGGAGUCUGACUGGGUGUUCAGAGUUUGUCCUAGGAGCAUCAAGAAAACUUUUUUGGAUUGCAGUGAAGAAAUUGCAGCCCAUCUUAGCUUUCUUCUUUUCCACUGACGAAUAUAUUGAAUUCUGUGAAUCAAACCUAGUACACCUGUGGUGUUCCUUAAAGACCUUUAUAUAAUUGUACAAUCCACUUAUUUUCAUGUUCUGGGAAAAUGUGUAGGAUAUCUACUCAAACAGCAGUUUCUUCUCUGUCUUCUGCUUUCUGACACUGCAUUCAAAGUAGAACAAACAAGAAAUUACUGUAUCAGAUUCUUAACAAAUAAAGUUAAACAUUAGUUCGUCAAUGUUUAUUUAAAAGUGGGUUUUUUUUU